CUCCCCCCUGGUGGUGGCUGGGUGCCCUGCAGCUGCAGCCCAUGUGAUUUCGUGGAAAAGGCGGUGCCUAAAGGAAACGAAACGGGACUGUAGGAAGGGGAGGAGAGACAGAGAGCCAGGGAGCCGAGCUGCACCUAUCUUUCCCGUUCAUCGAGCCAAGGCACCUGACUGCCAUCACAGGAUGGCAUCUGGCCGGGCUAGAAGUACUCGAAAACUUCGUAACUGGGUUCUGGAGCAGGUAGAGAGUGGGAAGUUCCCAGGAGUGUGCUGGGAUGAUGCAGACAAGACCAUGUUUCGCAUCCCUUGGAAGCAUGCAGGCAAGCAGGAUUUCAGAGAAGAACAAGAUGCUGCCUUCUUCAAGGCCUGGGCAAUAUUCAAAGGGAAGUAUCGGGAAGGAGACCAAGCAGACCCUGCUGCCUGGAAGACGCGCCUUCGGUGUGCCCUCAACAAGAGUCCUGAAUUUGAGGAGGUCCCAGAGCGAGGCCACAUGGAGGGGCCCGAGCCCUACAAGGUGUACCGGCUCCUGCCUUCUGGCACCCUUCCUGGUGACUACUGCCCCCCAUGCUCCCUAGUCCCCAUCCUUGGAAACAAUGUAAGCCACACCCUGAGAGGUGGUUGGCAGGCAUCUGGGGAGUCUGAUUCAUCUUUGCCCAGGGCAGAGCCUUCAGAUCCAUCCUCAACCCCCACUCCAGGCCCUGACCCCUCUGGUGCUUCCACAGCCCCACAAGCUAUCCAGAAACUUCGGCCAAAGAGAAACCACACUUCAGUAUCCUCGGAGGAAGAAGAUAACGUAGAGAAUAAGCGGAGAUGUAUCCUUAGCCUGCCCUCGCUGCAGAACUCCCCCGGAAUCAUGGUUCCAACUAAGCGACCCAGCAGCAGCUUUCAGCACAUGGAUGAUUCUGGUAUUGGGAGCAACAGUAACAGCCCUGAGCCCCAUGAAGUUGCUGACUCUGCUGAUGUCACUUUACAAGAUAAUCUAGAAAUCCUCCAGUUGUUUCCCCUUUCAGAUGCAGAUUACUCGCUUUUGCUCACCUUCCACUACAGUGGGCAUUUGGUUGGAAAGACUGAGGUAUAUGGCCCUGACUGCCGCCUUGUAGCCAAAUCUUCAGGAUCCCAGAAUAACAUAGAGCAGGUGGUGUUGCCUUCUGCCAGUGUACUAUCUGAACCAGCUCUUCAGGUAUCCACAGAGAACCUCCUGAACCAAUUUGACCGUGGCAUCUUGGUAGCUAGCAAUGCCCGAGGUCUCUUUGUGCAGAGCCUCUGUACCAUCCCAAUUUCCUGGACUGGGCCCUGCACCCCAUCUGGGCCUGGACCCCAUCUGCUACAAGACAAAAAAUGCAUAGAGGUCUUUAGUCCUGCCAAAUUCUUCCAAGACCUAGACCAAUACCACAAGGGCCUGGCCCCACCCCCUAAGUUCCAGGUGACCCUAAAUUUUUUGGAGGAGCACGGUGGUCCUGAAUAUACUCAUAAGAAUCUCAUCACAGUCCAGAUGGAGCAGGCGUUCGCCCGAUACUACUGUAAACUGGACUUGUAUAAAUGAAGAAUGUUCCGUUCCCUUGGCAUCUGUUACACUGGUCUUCCUCUUCCUUUCCUUUAACUCUAAAGGGUAUAAUGUUCUUUCUGUGCCCUUCUAGUUGGUGUUGGUGCCUUCUAUGAGUUGUAUCACCAUGCUUGGGUAGUUUGAUAAGGUGGUAGGAGGUCCCUGGGAAAUCCCAACAGCUCAAACUCACACUGCCCUUCAGUUCCAAACCCUAAAAAUAACUGUAGAUUCACUGUCUAGGUUUUUGAAUAAAGUUUUAUUGAAAAUGAAA